AUGCUGCUCGCCAGGUCAGGUGCUCGAGCUUUGGUCGAACUCACGUCACAUUCAUGCUCUCCUUCACCCGCGGCCAGCACCAGCCGUCUCGCCAACGCCCAUGCGCGGUGUUUCACCACAUUCCCCGCCUGGCUUGCCCCCACCUCACCGCCGCGCGACGAUCUGAUCCGAUCGCGCCUCGUCAGACUCGUUGAUCCUGAGACAGGAUCGCUCUCAUCGAGACCGCAGAGGCCGCGUGAUAUUCUGGCUUCAAUCAAUCGGACGCAGUACUGGCUUGUCCAAGUCACAAAGGUCGGCGCCGAGCAAGACGAGCAAGAAGGGGGCCAAAGAGGGCGCUCAAGUGAGGCGAUCAACAUAGACGAGCUGCCCAUCGUCAAACUCGUUUCAAAAAAGGAAGCGUACGACAAGCAGCGCGCACAGAAGCGCGCAAAGGCGAGUAGCGAUGCCGACGGUGCUGCCGGUGGUACAGCCUUGGGGGCUUCGUCGGCACCAAAGGAAGUGCAGCUUACUUGGAGUUCGACGCCGCACGACAUCUCUCACAAGCUUUCGUCCAUGGUCGAGAAGCAUCUCCAGAGAAGAGGUCCGGGUGCCAAGUGCACAGUGGUCAUUUCUUCGAAAAAGGGCAAGGGAAGGGAUGGUGGGGCAAACGCAACCCAAAAGGCGGAGAUCAUUAAAAGCGUUGAAGACAUCGUUUGUGCAGAGGAAAGCUGGUCCGAGAUCUCGCACGCCAGGAGACGAAAAGACGUGGAAUGGCAAAGAAAUGGUUCUGCUGCCUUGAUCCACUUCGAAGUUGUCAAGGGCAGGCCCCCUCCUCGGUGA